AUGGCAUCGGAAAUAACAACACCCAACGAGAAGGAGGAUAAUGAGCACAAGUCUCUCAAAUACUCUCUGUUGGGCCCGUCUCUCACGAAAUCUGGGCAAGGUUCUGUGGACCAGUCAAAGGUUUCCGAAAUAAUUUACAAUGCUUCGAAGGGAUCCAAAUAUUUCAACCAUGAGGAGACGCGCGAUAAAACCCUCACGAUUAAAAUCGAACGGAUACUGGCAAAGAAGGCUGAAUUGGAGAAGCUUGAUUUAGCCCACGAUCGUCGAAGAGCAGAUACUGUAAUUGCGGAGCUCGAGUUCACGAGAGAUUUGACUCAAACAAUCGUACACAUUGAUUGCGACGCAUUUUACGCUGCAGUAGAGGAACUUGACCGUCCGGAGUUGAAAGAUGUUCCAUUUUCCGUUGGGAAAGGAGUUGUUACAACAUGCAAUUAUCAUGCGCGACAAUUUGGAGUGAGAAGUGCCAUGGCGGGAUUCAUAGCGAAGAAGCUGUGCCCGCAACUAGUUCAGGUUCCUCUGAACUUCGACAAAUAUACUGCAAAGGCACAAGAGAUUCGGGAGAUUCUGGUAGAUUAUGAUCCAAGAUUUGAGAGUGCUAGUAUCGAUGAGGCUUACCUCAAUAUCACGGAAUAUUGCCAGAAGAACGAUAUUGACCCUGAAGCUGCCGUCGAACAAUUAAGAAAUGAGGUUCACGAGAAGACGAAGGUUACCAUAUCAGCUGGGCUUGCGGCUAAUUCCAAGAUAGCCAAGAUAUGUUCGAACAAAAAUAAGCCUAACGGUCAAUUUCGUGUCCCAAAUGAUCGGAUUGAGAUUAUGAAAUUCAUGCGAGACCUUCCAACCCGUAAAGUCAACGGAAUUGGACGAGUAUUCGAGAGAGAAUUAGGUGCCAUAGGAGUCGACACAUGUGGCGACAUCUACAAUGUACGACAAUAUCUACCCAAAUUAUUUGGAGACAAAGCAUUUAUAUUCCUAAUGCAAUGCUAUCUUGGACUUGGAAGAACAGACGUCAAGCCAGCCGAGGAGUACACCCGCAAGAGUGUCGGGACAGAAAGUACAUUUGGUGACAUGAAUGAUAUCUCGGAACUGCGAAGCAAACUUAGGCACACAGCCGAGGAGCUGGAAAAGGACAUGCAACGAACGCAGUUCAAGAGUCGAACUUUAGUUAUUAAAGUCAAACUGAAAACUUAUGAGGUCCUUACGAGACAGACCGCCCCGCCAAAAGCUGUGUGCUCAGCGGACGAUCUAUACAAAUAUUCGCUUCCCAUGCUCGAGAAAUUGGGGACAGAAAUUCCAGGUAUGACACUACGGCUAAUGGGGCUCCGAUGUACAAAUUUGGUGAGCAUGAAAAAGCCUGAUACAAUGGCAUUCUUUGGUUUUCGAAAACAAGACCCUGCAGAGAACGGUGUUGGUGAGAAUGUAAUUAAAUCCCCCUCGUCGGGAGUAAAACGAAAAGCUUCGGAUCUCCAAGAUAAUAAUUCAGAAGAGCAAUGGGAAGUUUGGCCCGAAGAACUACUCUUCGAAGAUGCCGAGCGUCAAGAACGGGAAGAGGAAUUCAAGGAAAUGGAAAGUCUAAGCCAACUCGAAGAAAAUGAUCCACGGCGACAUCACGGGAAAGAGAUCGUGCCGAAUCCUAAACCCACAGAUGAUGCUGUGAUAGAAGAGGAAUGGUGGAAUUGUCCUGUUUGUCAGCGACCGCAAGCAACAAAUGAACGGGAAUUUAAUAACCACAUUGAUAUUUGUCUUUCUAGACAGACAAUCAGAGACGUGGUUCAAGAGGCGUCCGGAACGCCUGGAACUCCAUCUGCAUCGGGGACGGGACAUAAGCCUCAAAUGAGUAGUUCGCGAAAAGGUAAGGCAGGGGAGAAAUCAAAAGAUAGAGGAAACACGCCUGGUGACCCAAAACAGCGGAAAUUAUAUUUCUAG